AUGACCAGCUUCGGUGAUGAUGGCAUGCCCACCAUGGAGACGAUCGAGCCAUGCGAGAGAAAGCGAUUGGAAGGUGCCAUGGAUCGGCUUCGGAGAGCCUGGCUGAAGCCCAGCAAGCAGGUGUGGCACAAGAUCGACGCCGAGUGGCGCGAGAGAGGUAUCGCACGGUCCAUCCCGGAGGGAUUUGAGCGCUUCCCAUCCUCCUUGCUUCACCUGCAGCCCCCACCAGCGCCGCCCACGCCUGCACGUCCAACACCUCUCAGCACGGCGGCGACGGCUCGUGCCAGCGUGUGGCCGGCUGCUAAGGUCUCAGCGAAGUACCUGGGAAAGGUGUGUGAAGUCGUUGAAGCAACUGUCGGCUGGGAGGAAGCCCUCGCCAUGCUGAAGGAGAGGCAACUCUUUGCGCCCAGUCAACAGCGUCCAGUCGUCCUCCGCGGCCUCGCGCGGCACCUGCUGUGUCCGGCCGCGGGCGCCGCUUGGAGCUUCGAGCAGUUGGGCGCCCGUGCGGGUGACGUGCUCGUGGAGGGCGUGCGCCGCGGCGCGGGGCCGGAGCAGCAGACGUUCCACUACGCGGACGAGUCCAAAGACACCUGCUUCAGCGACGCCUCCGCCCACCACCAGCUUUGCAGCCCGAUGUCAUUGGCCGAGUUCCUGCGUCGUUCAGGCGACGGUUCGCUCUACUUGUGGGCGGUGCUGCGGACGGUGGAGGGUGGCACCAUGCAGGAAGGAUCCUUGGGCACGAGGCUUCGAGCUGACCUGGACGCCAUGCGCUGGGAGACCAUCAGGCAGCUUUCGGAGGAGCUGGGAACCUUGAAGAAGCUUCAGCUUUUCUGCGGCGCCAAAGGCAUUGUCACGGCCUGCCACUACGAUCAGAGUCCGAACCUCUUCCUCCAAGUGACUGGCGCGAAGAGGUUCAUCCUCUUUCCUCCAUUGCUGGGUGCCAGCAGCUUGCAGCCUUUCCCCGUGACCCAUCCACGCGAUCGCUGUGCACGGCUGGACCUCGAUCGGGAGGACCGGCGUGGCGAGUGCUCUGCGGCCUUUGGACAAGGCAUCGAAGCAAUCGUGGAGGCAGGAGAUGUGCUUUUCUUGCCUCAGAUGUGGUGGCACCAUGUGGAGUCCCUGGAUCUCGAAAACAUUUCCCUGUCCCUUUGGCUCCAGGGCGGGUCACUGGACCGCACGACCCUCGCGCUGGAUGACCCCACGCUGGUCACGGCACUUUCGCAGCCCUUGGCGCUGGAGCUCUUCCGUGAGUGGGAGUUCCUGCUCGCCACCACCAUUGGUUACGGUCCAGAGUUAGAGCUCUUCCUUUGGUGGCUGAGAGAUCCAUCCUGUCGCGGCGACGCAGCGGCGACGUCGCCGGCGUCGUGGCUGCGGUGUGGGACCUUCCUGCUGCAGCACGCCUUUCGGCUCCUGCCCUUGCAGUGGCUCCGACACUUCCUAGGCUACUUCGACCCACAGCGUUUCCAGCAGCUCCGCAACAAAUCCGCGGAGAACACGACUCCCCAGCCAGACACCCCGUCAUGCAGUCUCCCACUUCGCCCUCCACGUGGCCGUCCUUUUCGGCUCCUGUCUGCCGUGGUGCUCUUCGGCCGUUGGCGCUCCAAGGAGCUAGGUCGAGAGGCUUGGGAGCUUGAGGGUUGGCCCUGCGGCCGCGCCACGAAGAAGCGGAGCGGCCACCCGCGGGUCACCAGUGACCAGCUGCGACAGGUGCUGCUCCACGCAGGUUUAGGGCACCGCCUGACCCUGGGCAGCUGGACCACGCCGGCAUCGAGGGAUGAGCCUGAGCCUGCAAAGCUGAAGGGCGUGAUGAAGGCGGCGUUGGGUCGCUGCAAUGCCUUGCUGGCCAACGAUGCCCUGCGAACUUUGAGCCACCUCCUCCGCCAGAAGCGUCUACCAGCUCCGUCGCAGGGGCGCUUCGAGGCCUGGUCCCACCAACUGGUGGAGCAAGCACUGCACUGGCAGUGCCCCAGCGAGGAGCAACUGGAGGAGCAGCUGAUCCAGGAGAGAUCAGGAUCCAGCUCGGUUGAACCGGUUGAGGCGUUGAUGUCGAGAUUGGUGAAGCAGUUGCUUCCUGAGUGGCUCGAGGCCCCUUGGGCACAAAAGGCCGCCGACUGGCGCCUGAGCUUGGCCUUGGAAUGCUGGGAUCGAUGUGCCACGCAGUGGGACGUGGAAGGUGUGGGGCUCUAUGCAGCCAUUGCAUUGGAACUAGGCGACCGCGGCGGUGCGGGCCGGGCACUGGAGCAGUUGGGGCGGGCCGUGGAUUGGCGCUUGGCGUUUCAGCCAGCUUUCUUGGAGGAUUUAGCCUCCAAUGGCCUCACACCAUGCAAGGCGCCCAGCCUUGAUGCAGGCUAUGCCUAUUUGCCCGAAUUGGUGCAAAGAGCUGCGGCUCUGGCGGCGCAGGGCACGCUGCAGGGGGUGCUGCGGCGCCGGCAUGGUGCAGUGCUGCUCGAUGGACCGCGAGUGGUUACUGAAGGCGAGAGAGCAUGGACCGGAAAGAGAAGUCAGACCUUCUUCCCCACAAGAAUGCUGUAG